AUGAGACUUGUUCUGUAUUAUCUGAUACUCUUUGGGUCUACUUAUGUCACCUCAACCUAUGGGCCUCGUCAAAGAGCACAGAUGACGGGUGAUAUUUUGCUCGGAGGACUUUUUCCGAUACACUUUGGUGUUGCAUCCAAAGACCAAGACCUUGCAGCCAGGCCAGAAUCCACACAGUGUGUCAGGUUCAAUUUCCGUGGUUUCCGCUGGCUUCAGGCCAUGAUUUUUGCAAUUGAUGAGAUUAACAACAGUAGCAGUCUGCUGCCCAACAUCACCCUGGGCUACAGGAUAUUUGACACGUGCAACACAGUGUCAAAAGCCCUGGAAGCUACUCUAAGUUUUGUUGCCCAGAACAAGAUUGACUCAUUGAAUUUAGAUGAAUUCUGUAACUGUACUGAUCACAUCCCAUCAACCAUUGCAGUCGUGGGAGCAGCUGGAUCGGCAGUUUCCACAGCAGUUGCAAACCUACUGGGGCUUUUUUAUAUUCCUCAGAUCAGCUAUGCUUCUUCUAGUCGCUUACUGAGUAACAAGAAUCAGUACAAGUCCUUUAUGAGAACCAUUCCUACAGAUGAGUACCAGGCCACAGCCAUGGCAGACAUCAUCGAACACUUUGAAUGGAACUGGGUCAUUGCUGUGGCCUCAGAUGACGAUUAUGGACGACCAGGGAUUGAGAAGUUUGAAAAGGAAAUGGAAGAGCGAGACAUCUGCAUUCAUUUGAAUGAACUUAUCUCUCAGUACUUUGAAGAGCAUGAAAUCAGAGCUCUGGCUGAUAGGAUUGAGAACUCGACAGCUAAAGUAAUUGUUGUGUUCGCCAGCGGCCCAGACAUUGAGCCUCUAAUCAAAGAGAUGGUGAGGCGAAACAUCACAGACCGAAUCUGGUUAGCUAGUGAAGCUUGGGCGAGCUCGUCUCUUAUUGCUAAACAAGAGUAUCUUGAUGUUGUGGUAGGGACUAUUGGCUUUGCUCUGAAGGCGGGGAGCAUACCCGGCUUUAAAGAGUUUUUACAACAUGUCCAACCAAAAAAAGACAGUCACAAUGAGUUUGUUAGGGAAUUCUGGGAAGAAACGUUCAACUGUUAUCUGGAGGACAGCCCCAGACUCUCAGAAAGUGAGAAUGGCAGCACUAGUUUCAGGCCUUUGUGUACUGGUGAGGAAGAUAUUACAAGUGUGGAGACUCCAUACUUGGACUACACUCACCUUCGGAUCUCCUACAAUGUAUAUGUGGCAGUUUACGCCAUUGCACAGGCACUGCAGGACAUACUCACUUGUACGCCUGGACGUGGACUUUUUGCCAACAAUACUUGUGCAGAUAUAAAGAAGAUGGAAGCAUGGCAGGUCCUGAAACAGCUCAGACAUUUGAAUUACACCAACAGUAUGGGGAUAAAGAUAAACUUUGCUGAAAAUGCAGACUUGGCUGCAAACUACACUAUCAUAAACUGGCAGAGAUCUGCUGAAGACAGCUCUGUGCUGUUUGAGGAGGUCGGAUACUACAAUAUGCAUAGUAAAAGAGGAGCCAAACUGUUCAUUGACAAGACAAAGAUUUUGUGGAAUGGCUACAGUGCUGAGGUGCCAUUCUCAAACUGCAGUGAAGACUGUGAACCUGGCACAAGGAAGGGGAUCAUCGACAGCAUGCCCACAUGCUGCUUUGAAUGCACCGAGUGCUCAGAUGGAGAGUACAGUAAUCACAAAGAUGCCAGUGUUUGCACCAAGUGCCCGAAUAACUCCUGGUCGACUGGAAACCAUACAUUCUGUUUCCUGAAAGAAAUUGAGUUUCUGUCAUGGACGGAGCCAUUUGGGAUUGCUUUGGCCAUAUGUGCAGUACUGGGUGUCAUCUUCACAGCCUUUGUCAUGGGAGUCUUUGUCAAAUUUCGCAAUACUCCAAUAGUAAAGGCUACAAACCGAGAACUGUCCUACGUCCUCCUUUUCUCUCUGAUGUGCUGCUUCUCCAGCAGUCUCAUCUUUAUCGGUGAACCGCAGGACUGGAUGUGUCGUUUACGCCAACCUGCCUUUGGGAUCAGUUUUGUUCUCUGCAUCUCCUGCAUCCUGGUGAAAACUAACAGAGUGCUGUUGGUUUUUGAGGCAAAGAUCCCCACGAGUCUCCAUCGUAAAUGGUGGGGAUUAAACCUACAGUUUCUGUUGGUGUUUCUGUUCACGUUUGUCCAGGUGAUGAUAUGUGUGGUGUGGCUUUACAACGCGCCUCCUUCCAGCUACAGGAAUCAUGACAUAGAUGAAAUUAUUUUCAUCACCUGUAAUGAGGGCUCUGUGAUGGCUCUUGGUUUUCUCAUUGGUUAUACAUGCCUCUUAGCUGCUAUAUGUUUCUUCUUUGCAUUUAAAUCACGGAAACUUCCAGAAAACUUCACAGAGGCCAAGUUCAUCACCUUCAGCAUGCUCAUAUUCUUCAUUGUUUGGAUCUCUUUCAUCCCUGCAUACUUCAGCACUUAUGGCAAGUUCGUGUCAGCGGUGGAAGUCAUUGCUAUUCUGGCCUCCAGCUUUGGGCUACUGGCCUGCAUUUUCUUCAAUAAGGUCUACAUCAUCCUCUUCAAACCCUCCAGAAACACCAUCGAGGAAGUCAGAUGCAGGACUGCAGCCCACGCCUUCAAAGUAGCUGCCAAAGCUACACUAAAACAUGGCACAGUUUCAAGGAAGAAGUCGAACAGCAUCGGUGGGUCUUCGGCCUCUACGCCCUCCUCAUCCAUCAGCCUCAAGACCAACGGCAACGACUGUGACCCGACCUCAGGAAAGCACAUGCCAAGGGUGAGCUUUGGCAGUGGAACUGUCACUCUGUCUUUGAGCUUUGAGGAGUCGAGAAGGAGUUCUUUAAUGUGA